GUCGGCAUACGUGUCCUUCUGGAGCCCUGGAGCGAGACGUUGAUCACAUGAAGGCAUGCUUCUUCCUCCGCAGUCUAAUCGUCGUCUGAUAACCUGAAGACAUGCUUCUUCCCUCGCAGCCCCGUCGUCUGAUAUGCUAGAUCAUCCUUUAGGAGCUUAUUCAGCAAUCAGCAUUCUCAAGGCUAAAUGAUUGGCCAUGCAUGUUGCUCUAAACAUGGUUAAAAGGAUGUAGUUUCUUGUCACGAUGCCUUCAGUGAAUGGUUAUAAUUCAAUUGGGCCAUCAGUGUCCAGAAUGGACUGGCUGAAGGAGCAAUUUAAUAUAAUCAUGUUUAGUUUGUACAGUGAAUCUCCCAAUCCAUCAGAUUUCUGGAUCCCCAUUGCUGCAUACUUCGCUGUUGGCAUAGUCAGCCUUUUGGUGUUUCUGUACCUUUUAUCGCUGUGGAGGCGAAAGAUCAGUGUAAGCUGGAUGAAAGUGAUUGCCAGAUCAAAAAGGAAGAAUUUUGAGAGAAAUCAAAAAGUACCUACUGCGGAACAUAUAUGGUCUGCAGAACGAUUGCUUCGUGCAAAAGGACUGAAGUGCUGUGUAUGCUUAGAAUCCAUUUCACCUGGUCAGCCCCUUGGGCCAGUGAUAACAUCAGAGAAUACCGUUCACCGCUGCGAUGUUUGCGGCGCCGCUGCACACACGAUCUGCUCUUCAAAUUCUCAGAGGGACUGCAAAUGUGUCUCAUUGUUUGGCUCAAAACAUGUGGUCCAUCAAUGGACCGUGCUAUGGACAGAUAUAGCUGACCAGCCUGAAGAAGCUCAAUACUGUAGCCACUGUGAGGAGCCAUGCAAUGGAUCUUUCCUUGGAGGUCCUAUAUAUUGCUGCAUGUGGUGCCAACGGCUGGUUCAUGUUGAUUGCCACUCAAACAUGUCUAAUGAGGCAGGUGAUAUUUGCGAUCUUGGUCCAUUCAGACGCCUUAUUCUUUCCCCAUUGUUUGUCGUGACAAAGAACAAACCUGGUGGAAUUCUAAGCUCUAUAACACAUGGCGCAAAUGAAUUUGCAUCCACCGUACGUGGACACCUUAGGAGCCGAACCAGAAGACAGAAGCGUCAUAACAGAUUGCCUUCUGACUCUACGGCUGGUGAGAGUAAUGAUGAUUCAUCAAGUGAUACAACAUCGUAUUCUAAUCAGAGGACUAUGGAUGCCAAAGCAAAUGUGGGAAGUGUUCAGAGGUAUGCUGAUAAUGAAUUGUACAGCAGUGAGAGUGACUGUAAAGAAGUCGUGUCAGAACCAGUAAGACUAUAUAACGAUGAUGCGGGAGGAGCCAAACUCACGUAUGUGUUGACUGACCUGCCUGCCGAUGCCAGACCUCUUCUAGUAUUCAUCAACAAGAGAAGUGGAGCUCAGCGGGGAGAUUCUCUCAAACACCGGCUACAUUUCCUUUUGAACCCUGUGCAGGUGUUUGAGUUGAGUUCAUCACAAGGGCCAGAGGCAGGAUUGUUGUUGUUCCGAAAGGUACCACAUUUCAGGAUCCUUGUGUGUGGUGGCGAUGGUACUGUUGGUUGGGUUCUUGACGCGAUAGACAGACAAAAUUAUGAAUCACCUCCGCCUGUUGCGAUUCUUCCAGCUGGCACUGGCAAUGAUCUUUCAAGAGUUUUGUCAUGGGGAGGUGGUCUCGGCUCUGUUGAGAAGCAAGGAGGCCUCUGCACAGUUCUACAUGACAUAGAGCAUGCGGCAGUCACCAUUCUAGACAGAUGGAAAGUUACAGUAGAAGAUAAGCAAGCCAAGAAUGUGCUUCCGGUGAAGUAUAUGAACAAUUAUCUAGGUAUUGGUUGUGAUGCAAAGGUUGCACUUGACAUUCAUAAUCUCCGCGAGGAAAAUCCUGAAAAGUUCUACAGCCAGUUCCUCAACAAGGUGCUAUAUGCAAGGGAAGGUGCGAAGAGCAUGAUUGACAGGACAUUUGUAGACUUGCCUUGGCAAGUUAGGCUAGAGGUUGAUGGAGCUGAGAUUGAUAUACCAGAGGAUUCAGAAGGUGUUCUCGUUGCGAACAUUCCAAGCUAUAUGGGAGGGGUUGAUUUGUGGCAAAAUGAGGACGAGGAUAGUGCCGACAACUUUGAUCCACAAUCAAUCCAUGACAAGGUGCUCGAAGUAGUUAGUAUCAGCGGGACUUGGCAUCUGGGGACACUUCAGGUUGGACUUUCUCGUGCACGGAGGAUCGCCCAGGGCCAAACAAUCAAGCUGCAGUUUUCUGCUCCUUUUCCAGUUCAAGUGGAUGGGGAGCCUUGGGUCCAGCACGCCUGCACGCUGAAAAUAUCGCACCAUGGACAGGCUUUCAUGUUAAAGCGAACAAUCGAGGCGUCGCUGGGUCACGCCGCCGCGAUCGUGACGGACGUGAUUGAGCACGCCGAAACCAGCCAGCUGAUCACCGCGUCCCAGAAGAGAGCCCUCAUCCAAGAAAUGGCACUACGGCUCGCGUAAGUCCUUGCCAGUUCGCAAAGUAUUGCUUGUGAUGUUCUCCACUUAGCACUGCAAGGAAGACCUUUCUGCUGGCAUAACCUGAACCUGUGACUGAAGAGCAGAAGGACCUUCUCCUCGAUGGUGGAUGAAGGCAAGGAAGGAUGUGAUGAUGUAAAGAAAUGUGGUUGUUGUGCUGGUACAUGGUGAGUGUGCGUGUGUGUGUGUUAAGUCAUGGAGUGUAAAAGCUGAACACUCAUAAACUCCCUGCCAUGUGAAUGUGUGAUGUACAAAAUCAAAGGUUUUCCUUAGCGCCUUUCAGGUGUGGCUC